ACAAAGUUUGGCCUGUCCCAAGUGACUUCGUUCCAUAUGAUGUUUUCACCAGGCCUUACGAAACUAUUACUGAAUUACCCAAACCUGUAACUAAAACUGAAGUAACUAAAGAUAAAGGUCCGCCAGGUAAUAAGGGAGAGCAGAAAGAUGACGUCCCAAAAAUAAGUGGAGAUGUUGAAAAUAAUGAAGCUGAAGAAGCAGACAAAAAUGAAAUUGUAUCUGAUAGAUGAUAAUAGCCGAAAUAAUUCAUCGGAAACUGAGAAUAAUGAAAAUUGACAAUUAUUGAUUUGAAUUUAUUGAAUAAAUUUUGGCAAGAACAACAGUCUGUCACAAAAAGAC